CUCCUCUUUUUUUCCUUCUCUCGUUUACUCCCCAACUAUUCUCGGAUUGCUGCCAUUGACGGCAACACCUCCUAUAAAAAGAAAAUCCAAAACAAUAUUAGAAAUAAAUCCAAUAUUCCUUUUCUUUUCUUUCCAUUAUUUUCCUCCCAAAUAGAGGGGAAAAAAAUUUCUAGGGUUUUCCGCACCCUGACCUAACCCCCACCCUCCAAUUCCCAAGAUUUUACCCCCAGAGAACCCUAAUUUCUAACUUAAUUCGAUUUUAUUGAGCUUUAAUUGUUCGAGGAGGGUUUGAACUUUUUCGUUGGAUUGCAUUGUUCUGGAUUUUGAGUGAAGAGUUAGGACUAUUUUUUUUCCUGAAUAUUUGAAGAGAUGGCGGAGGCAGCGAAAGAAGAAGAGGUGGAGUACGAGAGCGAUCCGGAGGAGACGAAGCUGUCGUUGAAGAUGCGGAGGAGGGAGGCGAGCGAUGAUGAGGAGGAAGAGGGUGGAGAUGGAGAGGAUAGCGAGAGGGGAGAGGCCUUUAAGCCGCGUAGGAGAAUCGUUGACUCCGACGUUGAGUCGGACGGUCAAGGGGCUGCGGCAGAAUACGAGGACGAAGAGGAGGAGGAGGAGGACUAUGGCGAGGAGGAAGAGGAUGAAUUAAUUGACGAGGAAGACUACGCGGAGGAGGAUGAGGUUUAUGUGGGAGAGAGAAGGGGUGAAAUUGGAGAAGUUGAGGCGGUGGGGAAGGAGGCUGAGGCGCAGGUGGACGGACGAAAAGAAAGCCGUGAGGACAGAGUGGGACCCAAGUCAAUUGAAGGGCUACAAGGAUCCAUUGACGAUGGUCAUUUUGAAGACGGUGCAAACGAGAAUCAGCAGGGGGAAGAGAUGGGGGAAGAGAUAGGGGACGAGGGGGAGAAGAAAGAGAUCGAGCCAUAUGCUGUGCCUACUGCUGGGGCUUUUUAUAUGCAUGAUGACAGGUUUCGCGACAAUGCUGGUGGAAGAAACAGGCGGACUUUUGGUGGUAGAAAAUUGUGGGAAUCAAAGGAUGACAAGAAAUGGGGUCAUGACAAGUUUGAGGAGUUGACUAUGCAGGAAAGGCAUUUUGAUGAAGGUCGGAGGAAUUCAAGAGGGAGAUAUCGAGGUCGAGGUAGGAAACGAGGUGCAGAACGGGGCGGAUAUGUAAGAGGAAGCAGGCCAAGGGCAUAUAACACUAAUAGCAAUCAAAAUAAGAAUAACAAUCAGAAUAAUGCUCUGAAAAGUGUGAGGGGACGAGGACCUAGAAGGUAUCAGCCAUCUUUUAAGAGCAACGAUGAAGUGCGUCCUGCCCUUAACCAACAGUCUGGAAAGAUAGCUGAGAAACCAUUGAAUGCUAAUGCUGGGAGAGUAUCUGCACCUGCAUCAAAUGUGGAAUCUGAAGUAGCUCCUGCUAAAAAACAUGUUUUUGCCUCAAGUUUGAAUUCAGCUUCACCUCCAUUUUAUCCCUCUGCCUCUACCUCUAGCUCUAAAGAGAUUGCUGUAACGCAGAAGAGGGAUUUACAUCCUGGGACAAAUAACCGUCGGAUCCAUCCUGUUGUGGAUGAAAGUUUUUCUACAGCACAAUCCAGUGCAGUCCAACGAGGAAAGAGUGUAGUUGAUUCUAUUGGCAUGGAUAAACUUUACAUCAAUGAUUCAAUUGCCACAGUUGCUGGGAAACCUUCAACCACUUUUCAGUUUCCACCUGGAUCCUCAUCAAUGAGUUCUAGUCAGUCUCUGCAGCUGAGGGCUCAAGGUAGAGGAAUAAAUAACUUGCCCCAAGUGACCUACCAAUCAACAGGGCCAAAUAGCCAGGGCAAUAGAAUCUCUCCCCCGUCCCAGGUCCAUACUACUACUCAGCGGAAUCCUGUUCAAAACCGAGGACAACCAUCUCUGCAAACUUCUGGUCAGCAGUUGGCUCAGAAUCCAGGAGGUGGAUCUCAAGUUUCUUCUCCAAAAGCAGUUAGUAACAAAAGCUCUUUUGAAUCAGCAGAGACAGAACCUCUUUCAGAAUCAAACAAGUCUAAGGCUGCAUUGAUGGCAAAAGGAAAAGGCAGUGUUCAGGGUAGCGGACGGGGAUCCUUUUUGUAUGGUGGAGCUCAAGUUAUUGGGGCUUCUGGCAACCUAGGAAGUGGUCCUGGAGAUCAAAAUUUCCCUGCCUUCUUGCCAUUUAUGCAAUUUGCGGCCCAGCGUCCAGGUGGUAUUGGAGUUCCUGCUGUUGGCAUGGCCUUCCCGGGAUAUGUUGCCCAACCCCAAGUUGGUGGUUUAGGGAAUUCUGAGAUGACUUGGCUACCUGUUUUGGCUGGUGCUGCCGGAGCUUUGGGUGCUUCUUAUUGUUCGCCAUAUCUUGCUAUGGAUGGCUCUUAUCAUGCACGCCCAUCUGGACAGGCAUCUUCACCGGCUGCUGCUUCAAUCAAAGAAAAUAAUGCUGACAAGCCCAAUAACGAAUGGAAUCCCUCACAGAGGCCUGAGGUCUCAAAUGAUGAUUUUGUACAGCAACAAAAGAAGCCCAUCAGAUACUCAGAGAUGAAAUUUAACCAGUGAAGUUACUAGAUAGGUGGACCUAGUUUAAAUAAGCUAUCAAGUUGUACAUUUUCCCAAGCAAAGUAUUUCAUUUGUGGGUGUAGCAAAAUUUGAGUACUACUUAUGGUGCUGCAGGCCUCCUUCCACGCCCUCUGUUGUCUCCAGUUGUUGAUCUGGUGCACUUUGGGCUGCCAUUGUACUCUGAAGUACUUUAGGUAUUAUGUGACAAACACCCUCCUUAUGCUGCUUUAUUCAAAGAAAAACAACACAGCUUGACGGGUGGUAGUUCAAUAUUCUAAUAGGCGGUUCUUUUGGCUUGGUUUUUAUCAUGAAGCGUGUGAGAAGUGUAUCUGGCUUCUUGAAAAAAAUUUAUGGAAAAGAACAAGAUAUUGUUGUGCAGCAGCUGUUUGCUUCGUGAGACUAAGGUUUUUUGUUCUAUUGGAUGGUUUUGGUUGUCUUUUUUGGUUCAUUUUAUGAUUAGUUGUCGUAAUUUUUGAGAAAUUUACUAAUGGUGCGAGGGUACAUUUGGUGACUGGAUUCUUAUAAAGUGAGAAAAAAAAUUGUAUUUGCUAUAAUGUUUUGUAAUAUUAGUUUUGCUUACAAGGACUUGGUGGCUAUAUUACCUUGUUCAACCACGUCAGCAAAAUUUUCAAUAAUAUCACAUUUUAUAGUUGUUUUUGAAACUGGA